GAGCCACAAUAAUGUGUUUGUGAAGGAUCUUGGGACAUCGUUUCACGCGAGUUACGUAAAGCUGUUGCUGUUUCGUGUUCCCAGCAAACAUUCUUUUUGCAGUAUUUGGCUUUUGUGAAAGAGUUGCAAUAACUGAUGCCACGCCUUUCGCGGCCCGAGCCAACAAAACACAUUUUUGAAAGAUAAAAGGUUGUUUUGAAGUGUGCAGUGUUGCGUAGGGAACAGACAAAUUGUAAAACUGCAACGAGGGGGUAGAGUUCAGGGUCAGCAGGGUCGAGCUGAUUCUACCCAGUGAAGGAAAGCGGAAUGGCGUUAGUGCGCAGUCUGGUAUCUGCUUCUUGGCUGGACAAGGCGAUAAGUAGCGCUAAGGCCGGGCCGCUGCGGGUCCUGGACUCCUCCUGGUACCUCCCGAAGUUGCAGCGGGACGGCAAGAAGGAAUUCAAGGAGAAGCACAUCCCCGGCGCUAUCUUCUUCGACUUGGACGAAUGCAGCGACCACUCCUCCCCUUACGAGCACAUGAUGCCCGGGCAGGAGCAUUUCUCCCGAUACGUGGGCAACCUGGGUAUCUGCAACGACACCCACGUCGUGAUCUACGACGCCAGUGAUUUCGGAAUGUACUGUGCCCCCCGGGUCUGGUGGAUGUUCCGGGCCUUCGGUCACAGCCGGGUGUCGGUGCUGGACGGCGGCUUGCUCAACUGGUGCAGGGAUGGUUUCCAGGUGACUUCGGAAUUGCGGCGCUACCCCGUGGCUGAGUACAAGGCAAACGCCAAACCCUGCGUUAAAACUUACCGGGAGAUCCUGGACAACAUCCGGAGCAAACAGUUCCAGCUGGUGGAUGCCAGGUCUGAGGGCAGAUUCAAAGGGACCGAGCCUGAACCCAGAGAAGGUAUUGAACCUGGGCACAUCCCUAACAGUAUUAAUAUCCCCUUUAAUAUGUUCCUGGAUCCAGAGACUCGAAGGAUGAAGAGUGAGAAGGAGCUGCUGCACUUGUUUGAGGAUCACAAUAUCGACCUGAAGAAACCACUGGUAGGGACCUGUGGCACUGGGAUCACUGCCUGCUUUGUCGCUUUUUGUGCCCACCUCUGUGGGAAAGAAGAUGUGAUGAUCUAUGAUGGCUCCUGGCUAGAGUGGUUCGCACAAGCCGACCCCAGUCACAUUAUCUCAGAGACAUGAGAAAAUCAAAUAGGCAGCACUGAAAUCAAUGUUUUAGAUUGUCCUAUUCCAGUAUCAAGAUUAGUAGAUAAUUUGGGUGUUCUAUUUGAAUAGCCAAGGAGUCUACGUUUUAUGGUGUUGGAGGUAGGAUGAGGAUAUCAUUUAAAAUCAAGCAGCUACUUCAAAGGUUCAAUCUAUUCCCUGUUAGAAGGGUCCUCCGGGCACUUAGCAAGUGUUCUUCUGUGUAUACAUGGCAACAGUCAAUGGCCCUGUUUUGUAAUGUUGCUUCAGUCAUAAUUGUGUAUUUCUCAAGUGAUAAUUUGCCUGGAGACUCAAUCUUUUUCACAAACUGCAGAAGGGUGGCCGAGAACAGCUUUAAGUGCUGAGUCGGUGAUAGAAUGUUGGUGGGGGUUUCCUGACAAUGAAGGGAAAUGAAUCCAUUUCUGGGAAAGGCCUGGCACCUUCCAGAAUCAUUCACAGUUUUGUUUCUUGCCAUGUUUGAGGCACUGUGUUGUUAUUUCCUGAAGAUGCUAGACAUGCUGAGGCUGAGUGUCUGCUGAAUUUCAAAAUGCUUCUCUCAGGUGAUAUCCUCCUUGAAUGCUGUAACUGCUCUCUGCGUAGCCAAGAUUUCAGUGUGAGACCAGAUGACUUUUGAUGAAUAUUGGAUGCCAGAAGUUGAAAUAUGAGUCUGGCAUUCUCUUCCCUUUCAAAGUGAAAUUGUUUGUUAUUGAGUCAAACUUCCCUUUGUUAUUAACAUCGUAAACUGUUCAGCCUGUGUUAACAGAACAUCACUUGUGGGUCAGAAGUUAGCUUACUUAUGCUGCAUCUAACUGUGUGAGAGAAAUGAAGGGUAAAUCUCUGUUCUAUUCCUUAUCUAAGCCACGUAACUGAAAAUUCAAAACAUUUCCCGUCAGCAAGGAAGAAAUAUAGUAGAGAGGAGUAACACUUGGAUAAACUCUGCAUCCUAACCAGACUUGCUGUAUAGAAACUGAGACUAUUUUCAGGGCAAGUGUGUAUCUAAUCUCCAGUUCCAAUUUGAGUAAUUGGAAUAAAGUUGACAGUAAUGCUGGUCUCAAUUGCAGAAUUAAGUAGCAUCCGUGUUAAAUCCAAAGUUUGCAUGCAGUGACCAAUUCCUGACAUUGCAAUGAAACCUGUAUCUUUAAAUAGCAUUCUGAAUAUUUUCCAGCAGCAUGUUCUGGCUGGUUAUCCAUCUUUGUAUACUUAAUACUUACCGAAUGUGCCUCUGACCUUCUCAGUUUUCCACACAGACCAAGUGUGCUGUAAUGUAGAUUUAUACUAUAAAUCGCAAAAGGAGAUGGAACAUUGUGCAAAAAAGCCUUCCUUGUACAUCUCAUUGUGACUAAACUAAAUAAUGCUACAGGCUUUGGCAGAUCAAUACCAAGGUAAUCUAAUUUGCUGCUGUAACAAUCUUCCCUCAGGCUACUUGAAAUGUUUAAUUAAAAAGCUUGAGUUUGAAGGAUUUAUGUGAGACAAAUAGGUCCAGAUUACUUCAAGAGAACCUUAAUUAAGAUGAAUAUUCAAAGAGGGAAUGAGGGCAUUAGUGUUACUGCAUAAAUUUGAUGAAUUGUUUAAUGUGUACCUGAAAAUACAAAGUAGAUAAGAUAAAAUGAGAAGUCAAACAAUCUGAAGAAUUCAUUAAUCUGUAACAGACAACCAACUGAGUUUGCAGCAACACUAUAGGGCUCAGUGUUAUGUCUUUCUUCCCAUGAGUUUUCAGUGCUAUACUUUGCAUUCAAAGUAUCAAUUGCGUGUGUCUGGAAAUUCCUCUGUUCAUUUCAAUGGGUAAUGUGGACAAAGGAAAUAGAUAGUGGAAUUUCUGCCAAUGGCGUCCACCUUCUUGGUUAGCUGGCUUGGGUUCAAGUCCCACAUUAAAAAACUUCCAGCACAAAAUCUAGACUGACUCUACAGUGCAGCAUCCAAGGAGAGCUGCACUGCCAGAAAUACCCUGUUUCUAGUGAGACAUUAAACCAAGGCCUUGAAUACACAGUCUCAGAUCAAAGCAAGAGGAAAAUAAACAACAUUACAGUUUCAGGUCAUUAACUUUCCACUGAAAGGAGUGUUAAUACUUUUUGUAAUUGCUAAUUAUGUUCCUGACCCAACGAAUGCCAAUUGUAAUCAUUUCAAUAAAAUUAAUUCAGUUGAGUAACUAUUUUUAUUUGAAUCCUUUUGCAUCAAAGAGGAGGAAACAGAACAUUGCAUUAAACACCAUUUUUAGAAAUGGAUUAGAUUUUACUUACAAAGGUAACAAAGUGUGGAGCUGGAUGAACACAGCAGGCCAAGCAGCAUCUCAGGAGCACAAAAGCUGACGUUUCAGGCCUAGACCCUUCAUCAGAGAUCUUCCUGAGAUGCUGCUUGGCCUGCUGUGUUCAUCCAGCUCCACACUCUGUUAUCUUGGAUUCUCCAGCAUCUGCAGUUCCCAUUAUCACUAGAUUUUACUUACAGUUCAUUUGAUCCACCUGUUAUCCUUGCUGUCAAGGCAAGUAACAAUGAAAAAGGUGUAGGUUGUGAAUUUUAUCUCUCAGAACCCAAAGUCUCAAAUGUGCUCCUUCUGCAACCAAGGUAUACAGAACCAAAAUAUUUGAUGAAAAAGAGAGAGUGGAGCAAGAAGGAAUGUAGUAGUACCUAACAGUACAGCAAGGAGAAUGGACACUGUUCUUUGCAGCAAAGACUAUGUAUCCUGACAACUGUAUCAUCUGCCCAGUGCCAGGCUUGAGGGUGUCUGCCCUAGGCUGACGAGAAAUCUGCAUUGAAAAGGGAGGAAUUCAGAAGUCAUGGUGGUAAGUUAAUAAACAGAACCUGAUAGGUCCAAAUUUCUGGAUUACUAUUCAAGGCAUAUGCAAAUUGGCAGAGUGAAUAAGAUAAGAGAAAUUAAUGCAUAGUUCAAAGACUGGGUGAAGUGAGUGCCAGUUCAUGGGGCACUAGCACCAACAUGGGAGAAAGUACAGUUUGUCCUGUUGGAAUAGCGUACGCCUGAACUAUGCCGGGACUGAUGUUCCAGUGAGUUGCAUAGCUAGGGACAAUGAAAAGGGCUUUAAACUAAACAAGGCAUUGAGGGGUCAAGUUUGGUAGGCGUAGUAAAACAAUGUAGAGUCGAGACAGGUGCUCAAAUUGGGAAUAUGGCAAACGAGGGUCAGAAAAUUGCAGGAAGGCACAAGGAGUGGAAAAAAGUCUAACAAUGCAUCAACAGUCAGGAUUACAGGACAUAAAUAUAACAAAAAGACAAAACCAAGGCAUUUUCUGAAACGGGAAAAAAAACAAAUUGUUGGAGAAACUUAUUGGUCAGGCAGCAUCUGUAGACAGAAGACAAAGUUAACGUUUUUAGUUCAGUGACCCUUCAUACCUGAAAGCAGUUAGGACAAAGGUGGUAUUUCUGCUGAUUAUAUGGGAAUUGGAGGGUGAAGGCAAGAGUAGACAGAUAGGGAAGAAGUCCAAAGAGAAAAAUAAAUGAUAGGCAGACAAAGUUAUUGUUGGUAAACGGGGAAGAAAAGAAGCUAGGUAAGUGAUAAUCGUCUAAUUUACUCCUCCAUGUCUUCGGUCAAAUGUUGAAGUAAUAAUAGCUCCACCCAAUCUGAAGCUGUCUUAGUUUUUACGAAAAGGUGAUUUGAGUUAUUGCUGAAUACUUGAAGUGAUUAAAUGUCUGUUCUUGUAAGUUCUUGCAAGUUCUGAUGAGGAAUGCAAAAUGUAUUAAUUGCAGACUUCACCCGAUGAUGGGGCAGCACUUGGAAAGCUUAUGCUUUUAAAUAAACCUUUUGGAUUAUAA